AUGGCCUAUGCAAACUUGGAUGGGGACAACUCCGUCACUUCCAGUACUGCUGUCGAUGAUGAAAAUAGAAGAUUUCCAAGACAUCAGCAAGAUCAAAAUGGGUCUUGCAAUGUAGUAGAAAGAAAAUUAAAUCAUUCCCUAGCGAGAAGAAAAGAAUGUAGUCGAUUUUUACAUGGCAUCAUUAACAAUCUUCAAUCAGAAAUAAGUCAAGGCUCCAGCAGUAUAAAUUAUAAUCGUAGGAAUAGUUUUGACAGUCGCUAUACAUCAUUACGUCAAAAAUCUUCAAUAUUGUGUGAAACUCGUAUUCUUGCUAAAUGGACAAAUGAUAUUUGGUAUCGAGUUCAAUACGACGGUAUUACUCAAACAGAAGCUGGCACGCAAUUUAAGGUCAGAUUCAGUAGAAGUAUUAAUUAUUAUGGUGGUGCUAUUAUUCUCCCUGGUCAUCAUGUCGCUUGCGCGUCGCGAGCUGAAGAACUCUUCGUGGGUUGUAGAGGAGUAGCCAACUAUUCCCAGUGUGGAGUAUAUUACGGAUGUAUUAUUGUUGAAAAACCUUGCUUCAAUAAUGGAUUUAGGUAUUUAGUUUUCUUUGAUGAUGGCUUCGCUGAAUAUUUCCCAGCAAAAGAAAUUUACAGAGUUAUUGAUGCUGAAGGAAAUGAUUUCUGGAAUGAUCUGAAAUUUGAGAUGCGAGAAUUUGUCCAUCGAUAUUUGGAGAUAUAUCCCAACAUACCCAUGAUUGACUGUAAAAUUGGUCAAAAAGUUAUUCUAGAGAGGGAAGGAAAAUGGUUAAAUGCUAAAAUUAUCGAUAUCGAUGGUAAUCUUCUCAAGAUAAUUUUUGAAAAUGACAAGAGAACGGAAUGGGUUUAUCGUGGCUCUCCUCGACUGAGACCGCUAUAUGACCAACUCGUUGAAUGUGGCGGAAUAUACAAUCUAGCAAAAUGUAUCACUCCCAGCUAUCGGAAUGGUGCUUAUAUUUCUCCGAGACAGUUAUUAUCAUCAACCAAAUUAACUCGGAUUGACCAACGGGAUAGAGUGAAUAGCUUUGAAGAUGAUCACAACGACCUAAAACCAGAGUCUAAAAAUAGUAGUAAUAGUCUCGAAUAUCCUAGUCAAUGUGACGAGAUAGGUACCGGUCAAUUCUAUGUAGACGAACGAGAAAUCAAAAGACAUAAUCCACUAACCAUCCCAAAAUUAUUUGGAUGGAAGAGAUGUUCUCUGACGGAAGAUUUACUUUUGGACAUUAACUUUCAUCUGUCAAAUUUAAAGCGCGAUAUAACAGAAGUGGAACAGUACUUGCGGAUGACGAAUACAACUAACGUUUGCAUUGAUCAGUUUUGUUUCGACCCUUACGUCUUUGCCUGUGAUUCUGUUAUUGAAAGGAGUAGGCCCCUCUCUGUAAAUAUUCCUGAUAUUACAUAUGGUAAAGAAAGGAUGCCCAUUGCUUGUGUUAAUGAGGCCAAUAGUGAGUUACCCAAUGCUUUUGAAUACGUUACCCAACGUCUAUAUUCAGAUGGCGUUAAAAUAGACUUGGAUGAAGGCUUUCUGUUAUGUUGUGAUUGCGACGAUAACUGUUCGGAUGCAAGUAAAUGCAUUUGUAGACAGUUGACCAAAGUUUCAUUUGAGGCUGUUACUGGUAGAAAUGGUGAACAUAUCGGCUAUCAUCACAGACGAUUAGCUGAAAGGGUUAUUAGCGGGAUAUACGAAUGUAAUAAUAAAUGCGCUUGUAGCAACAGUAACCAGUGUUAUAAUAGAGUCAUUCAAAAUGGAGUACAAGUACGUAUGGAAGUAUUCAACACCAACGACCCUAGAGGUUGGGGUGUUCGGACUAUUGAUUGCAUUCCAAAAGGUGCCUUUGUCUCAGUAUAUUCAGGUAUAAUCUUAACGGAUGAACUCGCUAAUAAGAAAGGUCUCGAUCAUGGCGAUGAAUAUCUAAUAAAUUUAGAUCUAAUAGAUUCAGCAGAAAGAUAUAAGAAAGAUGGAUAUGAAACUGAAGUCAAUCUAGGAUCUGAUAGCCAAGACUCGUCUGGUAGUUACGAGCUGAUUUCGGAAUCUACUGUUUCUGAAUACAGUAGCGAUAACUCCUCUAAGAUAUUAGAUUUGAUACCUGAUGAUAGUGGGACCGAUAAUACUGAAAUUGAAGAAUCUAUAGAGUUGGCCUAUAAUGUGAAUGAUGCUGAGCAUUGUAGUACUAACGAUGUACCGAUAACGGUGAACGACAAACUGAAGAAUUCCGUUAGGGAGGUUCGUAGAGAAUUGCGUUCAUAUUUCAACGAGAUUGAACCCUAUACGAUUGAUGCUAAAAUGUUUGGUAAUGUUAGUCGUUUCUAUAAUCAUAGUUGUAAUCCAAAUUUAUUUGUGCAAACAGUGUUUGCAGAUUCUCACGAUUUGCGGUUUCCAUGGAUUGCUUUCUUUGCAGCAAACUAUAUACGAGCUGGCACAGAAUUGACGUGGGAUUAUGGUUAUAAGAUCGGUAGUGUGGAAGGAAAGCAAUUUGUUUGUCACUGCAAAGCCAAAAACUGCAGAGGAAGACUAUAUUAA